CGACUUAACGUUCUUCGAAAUAAAUUCGAAUCUUCUAAAGCUUCGUCGGUUCGAAAAAUAUCUUCUCUUUUUGCCUAAUUUAACAAAAUUUUCACAGAAAACUGAGCGAUUUGCAGAGUAGAAGCCAGUCGCUACACACAAUGAGAGUCCACCAGCCAAUAAGCGAAAAUGUAAGGACAUUGAAGCCACAAGGACACGUGGGAUUUGACGCUUUCCCCGAUCAACUGGUCAACAAGUUCGUCCAUCGGGGCUUCACUUUUAACAUACUGUGUAUCGGCGAGACGGGUAUCGGCAAAUCGACGUUAAUGGAUACUGUUUUUAACACCUCUUUCGAGUCUCCCGAAAGUCCACACAAUCUGCCGGGAGUGAAAUUAAGAUCGAAAACUUACGAGCUUCGAGAAUCCGACGUGUGCUUGAAAUUAACUUUGGUGGAAACAGUUGGUUACGGAGAUCAGAUUAAUAAACAACACAGUUAUAAACCAAUUGUCGAUUACAUAGAUGCUCAGUUUGAGGCAUAUUUACAAGAAGAAUUGAAAAUUAAACGAAAUUUGGAUACUUAUCACGAUUCUCGCAUCGACGCCUGCCUUUAUUUUAUUGUUCCCACGUGCCACGGGUUAAAAUCUGUCGAUGCGAUGUGCAUGAAAGAACUCAGCGGCAAAGUCAACAUCAUUCCUAUAAUAGCAAAAGCCGAUAUCGUCUCAAAAACCGAAUUACAAAAAUUUAAAAUCAAGAUAAUAAGCGAAUUGGUAAGCAACGGAAUUGAAAUUUAUCAAUUUCCAACAGACGACGAAAGUGUUGCGGAGAGAAAUGCUUCGAUGAAUGCUCACAUUCCCUUCGCUGUCGUCGGAAGCGAAGAAUUCGCACGUGUUGGAAAUAAAGUAGCUAGAGUCCGACAGUAUCCGUGGGGCGUUAUCGAAGUGGAAAACGAUGCUCAUUGUGAUUUUGUAAAACUGAGAGAAAUGAUGAUCAGGACCAACAUGGAAGAUAUGAAAGAGACGACUCAUAUGUGCCACUACGAACUUUACAGGCAAAAACGUCUCACUCAAAUGGGAUUCUCGGACGGCGACUCUAAAAACAAGCCUAGCUGCCUCCUGGAGAUCUACGGACAGAAGAGGAGAGAACAUCUCCAGGAACUGGAAAUGAAAGAAAAGGAAACCCGAGAGAUGUUCGUGGCUCGAGUGAAGGCAAAAGAAAACGAAUUGAAAAAAGCGGAAAAAGAGGUGAAGACAUUUUCUCGGAGAUAUAAAGGUUGGUUAGAAAAAUAAUAACAAAUAAACAAUUGGAAUAAAUUACAGUUGUACGCGAAAUUCGACGGAUUAAUGGGAAAACACGCGAAAGAAAAGAAAAGGUUAGACGAAGAGGGACGACAACUGCAGGACGAAAUCUCUGCCUUUAGAAAUAGACCCGGAAGCGUUUACUCUCAGAAUUCUGUCACCGGAAGCGAUAGGAAAAUGUAGAAAGAAACACUAAAUAUUUUCGAUUACGUUUCUGUCAAAAUUUCGAUACGUCGAUUGCAUUUUUUAAAUAUAAAAAUUAAAAUUAAUAAUAAACGAUUUCUAUUAAA